AUGACUUCUCUUAUCUUGAAAGACGCCGAUAUCCCCGAUCUGAGUGGGAAGGUCGCGAUCAUCACCGGUGGUGCUUCUGGAAUUGGACUCGCUACAGCGCGGAUUCUGGCUAAACAUCACGCGACUGUAUACGUGCUUGACAUCUCAGGUGCUCAUAUAGACGAUGGACCCGAUCCCGAAAACAUCCGGUUCAGAAUCUGCAAUGUAGUGUCUUGGGUCGACCUGCGUGCAGCAUUUCUUGAGAUUGGUCGUGUGGACAUUGUCGUUGCGAAUGCGGGAGUCAGCCAGGAAGUGGAUCACUUCGCCGACUCUUUCGAUUGCGAAGGACUUUUGAAGGAACCGGUGUAUCCCGUCAUCGAAGUCAAUCUCCGUGCUGUUUUCAACACGGUCAAGCUAGCUCUCUCUGCAUUCCGCAAGCAAGGUCCUGGUGGUAGUAUCGUCGUCACAUCGAGCGCCACCGGUUUGUCGCCAGAACAGAGUUUGCCCGUGUACUCGGCCGUCAAAUGCGGUGUCAUUGGCCUUGUACGUGCUCUACGAUCGACAAUCCCAUAUACUCAUGGAGCCACGAUCAAUACAGUGGCUCCUGCAGCGACCAUCACCAGACUGCUGCCUGCAAACCUCGCAGCCCCGAUCAUGGCAGCCGGUGCGCCAGUUUCGAGUGCAGAACAUGUUGGUCUUGCGGUUGCGUUCUCCGCCGUUGGCAAUCAAGAUCAGCAAGUCGAAGCUUACGGGAACGAUUCGCAGGAGACAAUCUUCAGCAGGGGAAGAUGGAAUGGCAGGACUAUCUUGACUCUCGGUAACACGUGGACCGAGGUAGAAGAGCCUCUUGCUACUCUACGUUCUCAAUGGUUUGGCCAAUAUCCGACGGCAAUGACUGCGUUCCAGCAGAGGCUUACUGACAUGAGACCACUUCCGACUAGAUUGUCGCGCCACGAGGAGAACCUGGAACACGAGUCUCGCCUUUGA